AUGGAGGUCGGGGAUUUUAAUACAGAAGGCGAUGAAAAUUAUAUCGCUGUCGAGGUACUUUCGGAAAAUGACGACGACGAUGGCAAAUCUUCGUUGGACACAAUACCGAUGGAAGGGCCGGACUUGGAAUAUCAAAUGGACUUGUUGCAGGACCCGAAGGACAGCUGUCGAAGUAUGUCCGAGAGUAUAUCCGAUCGUGGAGCAAGCAAUGACGGCGGUGCGUCGUUGGAGGGUGAAGCCACCCUACAAAGUCAUGGCUUCCUGGCGGACCAUGAGUAUCUCGUGCGGAAAAGUUUUCUCGUUGGUGGCGGUGAACCAAGCAAGCCGUUGUCCAAGAAGGUCCAGAGUAGCAGUGAACGGUUUAGCGUUUCGUACGAUAUGGAUAUUCGAACGCAAGAUCUGUUCAACGAGGAACAAAGCAGUACCACCAGCAGUAGCUGCAGGUCCAGUAUUUGUGAAGUUGAAAGCACACCACCGUCAGCACCGGUAUCUUCUGUGAUGAGUUUCAAAAGAGGAACGACCAAUAUCUCCGGUGUGAAUAGCGGUGAUACAACGGAUACGUUUGACUUAGAAGGUGAGUUCGCCUUUGCGCGGAACGAAAUCAUUGGAGGCGACUCGGAUGUGUCAUCGUCAGAGGAAGAUGAAAAUGAUAACGUACUAUUGUCAGUACUCGGUCCACUAGAAGCAUGUAUAAAAAGUGAAAAUAUUACGGAGAUGACGUUGGGAAAUGAUCAUGCCUACGCCACACCAGUGGUCAUCAGUGAUCGUGAAAGUAGUGAACGAUCGUCCUCGCCAGAUACAGAACCACUAGAUAAGCUGAUCACAAUCGGAGAGCGUUUUAGAAAUCUCCUGGAGGAAUUCUCAAGACGAAAUCCCGAGCAAAGGGCACCGAACAAUGGUAAACGGGAUAAGAUUAGCCAACUGAAUGUUAUGCUAGAGAAUGUUUCAGAACAGAUGCGAAAAUUGUCGUCACUGGGAAACACUGGUUCGUCGUUUGUGGCCAAUCCGAAUUGCGUAGCAGAAUGUGCCGUGCAAACCGUUGAGUCCUCUUUGAGUUCAAUUGUAGGAUCCAAUCGAGAACGUGCGCUAAAUGAAAAGUAUAAGCAAAAAAUGUUGGCGGCAUCGAAUAGUAAAAGCUCCACUUCGUCCUCUUCGUCGUCCUCCUCUUCUUCUUCCUCAUCAUCAUCUGGCAGUACUACUUCAUCAUCUGUUGAAAGCUCGGAUAUCGAGGACAUUAUGAACGAUUUCGGUCGCCGGCGUAGGUUGCGAAAGAGUGUAAAAGAAACCGAAAAGCAAUCUACGAGGUUAAACGAUGAGGCUAAACGGACGGGCCAUAAAGACCCGAUAUACUCGGAUAGCACUUCCGACGGCGAGGAAAAUAAUGCAGCCUCGAAAGAGCCUCGAGCUGUAGCAGAUGGCGAAGAGAAUCUACUCGACGAAGUGCUCAGUGGAGUGGACGACAUAAUGCUUGAUGUGCACGACAUCCUGCCAGCGGCAGAAGGAGUCGUUCAGGAUUUUCUCGAAAAAGGAGAUGUUCGAAAGCGCGGGGAACCGUUGGAGGGAAGAAACAUCAAGGGGGCAAAAGAAACCCAUAAUGAGAGCACACUUGAUCAAGCGGCCAAAAAAACCGUACCGAACGCAGGAAAACAAUCUCGAGAUCGGAUGAACAAAAGUGUCCAGGACAUGACGGAGUCCGAGCUUGAAGAAUACUACAACGACCAGCAGGACAAAGAAAUUGAACGGUUGUGUAACAUCAGCACUCUAAAUGUGUGCCGCAAUGCAGUGACCACUACCGCUGUAUCGGUUGCACCUGUUACGAAAACUAAAGAUGGCCAACGGAAGAAGAAAAAAUCUACCGAUACCAUGGAUGACUUUUUAAACAAUGAGGAUAGCAAUAAACAACUGAAUGUUAGCGAUAGUGAAGAAAACAUAACGGAGGAACAGUUCCUACGGAAACAUAAUGAAACUAUGAAGCAACAGUUGCUAAAUAGUAGUAGUGAUAGCAGCAACAGUUCCGAGUCUUCGAAUGAUAACGACGAGGAUAGUGGUACUGAUAGACGCGAUGCACUGGAUGAUUCCGACAACGAAUCGGCGGGAUCCGUGGAGUUGGAUAAUUUUCUGAAAAGUCUCGAGCGCCGUAAAAAUCGGAAAAAGGGUUCAGAAAACCAUGCAGCGGCUGUGAAUGAUCAAUCAAAAGUGGAAAACGGGUCGGCUAUCUUGGAUAAGCAAUCGGCUAUCGGUAGUGGUAGCGAUAAGACCACUGACAGUGCUACUGUAGAAACAGAAGAAUCCCGACAAAGGCCAGACAAGCAAAACAAGGCACAUUUUGUAGAUCCAAAAGAUAAGGCUCUGUUUAGCAAGGAACUUUUCAACGAGGUCAACGAUUUGCUUCGCGAAGAAUCCGGCGAAGGGAACGUGGAUGAUCCUUUCCCACCUGCGAGGUCACGCAAGCGAAAAGACUCUUUCGAUACGCUGCCAAAAUCGCCACGAUCGGAUAGGGUGCGGCUCGAUCGAGGAGCAGAGAGUGGUGAUUCCGAUGUCGAGCUGUUGGACGAAUCGCUAGGCAAACAGAAACGACCACGAAAAAACAACUCUCCAUCGCCUCCAGAGGAUCCCUUCGACUUUAGUGCGGUAUUAGCCCUACAAACCAGUAAAUCAGCGGCAUCACAAGGCGUUGCGGCCAAUCGGACGGCUGCUGUAGAAACGGUGGCGAAGCCUGACAAUGUUACCGAUGCUUCACCGGCCACCGUACCUGAAGCGUCAGCGAACACAACAAAACGGAAAGCUUCCAAAGAUGACGAUUGCAUUAGCUUGAGUUCAGACAGCGAAGACGAAUCACAGUUGGUGGCCGCGCCAGAAAAUGAGAAGGAAACACCACCAGAAAAUGAGAACAAACGAAAAAUUCGGGCCAUGCUCACAAACGACGAGUUGGCUGAGGAAACGAAGAAAGCCCAAAAGGAAGAGGAGGGUCGACUGGCAAGGCUGAAGAAGAAGAACGAACAGCUGAAAAAGUUUCUUGCCACCUUCCAGCCUGGCCCAGAGGAAAGCGACUUGGUGCUGGACUAUGACUCGAAGCUGGGGAAAGCCAUUUGCGUACAUCCCGACAUUGUGACGCUACUGAAACCCCACCAGGUGGAAGGCAUCAUUUUUAUGUACGACAACACAUACGGUUCGGUGGACUCGGUCGGAAAGAAUGUAGGUUCCGGGUGCAUCCUGGCGCACUGUAUGGGUCUGGGGAAGACGUUACAAAUAAUAUCACUGCUGCACACAGUAAUGCGCUUCCCGCAGUUGCUCACGCGCCGCAUCUUGGUCAUAUGCCCGAAGAGCACGGUGAUGAACUGGAAAGAGGAAAUUCACCGGUGGCAAGACAAGGUACACGGUGGCCAUCGGUUAAAGGUGUUCUGCUUUUUGGACGUUAGCUCACAACUUGAUAAAAUACGCGUGUUGCGCGAGUGGCACAGUACGCCGCCGCCGCGCUGUGGAGUUAUGCUGAUUGGGUACGAGGCAUUUCGGGCACUGAUUAACUAUGAACGUCGGAAGCGACCGGUGGGCGCCUCGAGAAGCAGAGUGGAAUACAUCCAGAAAGCGGUCAAAGAACUAUUGCUUAAUCCUGGGGCCGAUCUGGUGAUUUGCGACGAGGGUCACCAGAUUAAGAACAAACGGUCGGCGAUCAGCGAGGCUGUGUCGAAGAUUAAAACGAGGCGUCGUAUUGUGUUGACGGGAACACCAAUCCAGAACAAUCUGAAGGAGUACUAUUGUAUGGUGAACUUCAUCAAACCUUCAUUUUUGGGAAGUGAUAGGGAAUUCAACAAUCUGUACGCGAAUCCGAUCAAAAAUGGACAGCACAAAGACUCGGACCAGCGUGCGAUCAAAAUUAUGAAGCAGCGUUCGUACGUGCUGCAUAAUAAACUGUGCAAAUUCGUACAGCGAAAGGAAGCGGCGGUGCUGAAGGAUUUCCUUCCGGAGAAAUAUGAGUAUGUUCUUUUCGUUCCCCUGACGCCGGUUCAAGAAAAAAUGUACGAAGUGUUUCUUCAGAUGAACGAGUACACAUCGAGCACUGAUCAACCUAAUGAGGCAGGCAAGGCGAAAAAGUUUAAGCUGAUCGCGGAUUACACGUCACUGCGGAAGAUCUGGACCCAUCCGAAGGUGCUCGAGAAAGCGUGGGAAUCGGCGAUUCAGGAGAAAAAUCGAAAGGAUGCUGCACGUAAAACGGCCUCCCCGGACACGGACGACGAGUCUCCGGACGAUAAAAACGAUAUUACCACCGGCCAGCUUUCGGUCAUGAACGACUGGUGGCGAAAGUAUCUGGGUGAAGCGGAUCUAGAAUCACUGCUGCCGAGUAACAAACUUUGGAUCAUGUUCGAAAUACUGAAGCAGUGCACGGAUCGCGGUGAGAAGUGUUUAAUCUUCUCGGCGUUCGUUGCGGUUCUUAAUGUGGUUGAGCAUUUCAUGGCCAAAAUUCACAGCCAGGCUAACGAUCCGCAGCAUUCGGAAGAAUUUGCGUACAGCGCCUUCAAGGGUCCGUGGGAGCUGGGCAAAGAUUACUAUCGGCUCGAUGGCAAAACGAACAAAACGUUCCGACACCGGUUGAUCCGAUCGUUUAACGAUCCACAAAACACACGCACCAAGUGUUUCCUGAUCUCGGCCAAAGCCGGCGGCCAAGGCAUCAAUCUCACCGGGGCCAACAGGGUCAUCAUUCUCGACACGUCCUGGAAUCCCUCCAAUGAUCAGCAAAACAUAUUUCGAAUCUUUCGAUUGGGCCAGAAGCGUAAGUGUUACGUCUACCGUUUGCUAGCGAUGGGCACCAUGGAGGAAAAGGUGUAUUCGCGCUCGGUUACAAAGCAGGCGCUAAGCUUCCGUGUCGUCGACGAACAACAGGUCGACCGGCAUUACCGAUACGAUGAGCUCGCCGAGCUGUACAAUCUGAAAAAGGUAUCAGACAUGACGCGUGAAACACCCAUUCUGCCGGCCGACGAUUUACUGGCCUCGUUGCUGCGCAACUUUCCCAACAAAGUAUUCAAGUACCACGAGCACGAUUCACUGCUCGAGAACAAACCUGAGCAGGAUCUCAGCGAGGAAGAUAAGAAGGAAGCGUGGGCCGCGUAUGAACGCGAGAUACAAAACAACGAGAAGCCACCUUAUCCGGCACAGUUUAACAUGAUGACACCUGGACUGUUCGGCUACAGUCCGGGACUGGCUUCGCUCUAUUCCAGCAUGAGUAUGUCGGGCAUACCUGGACUGCCUCCGAUGGGCAGUGACAUGUUUAGGACGGAUUACUCCUAUAAUAGCUCCCUGAACCGAUCGCUUUAUCCGUACAAUAGUCAGCAGUACGCGAUGCUAAGUGAUCCAGCUUACGCAUCGAUGUGGUCCAAACCCUAUGGUUCCUACCCGUUGGGAGGUCCGGGUAGCAUGAUGGACUUUGGAAUGGGAUCUCAUGCCCCACACCCGUCUUUGAUGAACGGAGGACAAUCGCUCCCGGUGAAUGCCCCCGGAGUAUCUGGCGCUGCAGUUGGCGGAUCCAAACCGUACGAUGCUACGGCGGCUUUAUCGCACUUGUACAAUUUGUACAGCAAAUCUGCUGGAGGUACUUUGGGCUUACCGCCGCUCGCUGGCCUGAGUAGCUCGGGUGGAACAAUGAACCAAAGGGCAUUGACACCACCAUCGAGCACAUCGACGCUAGCUGGUCUUGCGGCGCAAUAUGCCAAUCCCAACACCGCAAACACCAGUACCGGCAUUAGUGGUAACAGCGGUCAAUAUAACGCGCUAAAGCAAAUCACUGACUACACGGCGGGGCCCAACCACCUUGCGCAUCCACCAACCCCACCAAUACCACCACAAUCACAACCGUCCGCAGUUCCCCCAUCAGCAUCACCGUUACCGCCAAAUCCAUCGUCGACAGGGUUGGUAAUAUCCGAGGUAACGUCCCUGUCUAAUCCGCUGCACGCAGCUUCAGCCGUUCGAGCGAACAAUGGGCCUCCGACGACGGCGUCGUUACUUAGCAUGCUCAACGAGCAGCAAGCCCAUCUGGCCGCUUCUCUGGGACCGGGAGCCUCCAGUCCGUUUUCGCCCCGCAGUGCUCCGUUGCUGCCUCCGACGCUCGAUAAUCCGCUGAGAAACUUUUCUUCUGCCUCCAAGCCGCAGUCCGCCCAAAGCAACUCGAUCGCGGACAUGGUAACGAACCACGGGAACCUUGCAACCAACAGCGCCAGUGCCGCAAACAACAGUAGUCGCAGCACGCCGGCCACAUCCACUGCAGGCAGCCUACCGUACAUCACAUCGGUCAUUUCGAUGGCUCGGGAGAAUGAAAAGGCACAAACAGAACAACAGAAUGGAAAAACACCGAUCAGCUACGUGCUACCGCCGAUGCCUGGUGCCAAUGUUGGCGGCAACGUUAAAACAAGCAGCGCUGGUAAAAAGCCACGAACAAAAACUCCCGAUCCGGCUAGUGCUGGCCGAACGACUGGACCAAUCGGAGCCGCAAGUAGAGCGGCAAGCGUUUCGCAACUGACCACGAUCAUACCGAGUGACGACGAGGAUGCAGAAAGAACGGGUGGCUUGCAGAGUAAUGGAAGCAAAAAUGGAACAGCAUCAAACACCGAGGGAACACAUUCCGAUCCAAAGAAGUUGACCCGUUUGGCGAAAAAUCUGUUUAAGCGUGCGAAAAGCAUUGUAAACUUGCAACAGCAACCAUCACCAACUGGCAGCAACACGGUACCGCUCGAGAAGACUAAAGCUCCGGCACCAUCAAAGUCUGGCUUGAGUGGCACAGCUACGGUUUCGAGCAUCGGGAACAAAACGGUUACAGCGUCACUGGGAGUCACAGCUGCCAAAGCGACGAAUGAUAAAACAGCAACCCCACCGCCCAUAGUGGCCGGUACCGCUGGACCAUUAACGGCAGCAAGUCGUUCGAAAAGUUCCAUCACUCCGGCCGUCACAACCACGUCCGAAACGAGCAACGUGAUCAGGUAUCCAUCACCGUUGCCAAGCAACAAUUCUCGCUCGAAACUAAUAGCGCAACCAAAUCCAUUGGUUGCGUCGUUAUCGAGUAAGUCAAUGUCCCCUGUGACAGGUUCUACACAGACUACUGCGAAACCUACGACAAUUGCAGCGCCCAAAUCGUCUUCACUCCCUGCAAAAAUGUCGCAAGUACGACCGUUGGAAGUUCAGCAACGAAAUUCGCCUACUAUAGCGCAACCGAAAGUUAACACGGCGCUUCAUAAAGCUCCAUCGUUAUCGAUAGUGCCAAACAGUACACCAUCAACGCAGAUGAGUAAGGUAACGGGGCCUACGACAACUAAUACGCCUCCUCAGAAGUCGGCUGUGUCGGAUUUGGGGCUAGUUAAAAGAGUCGGUCUUCCCAAGCCUCCACCGACGAAACAGAAACAACCAGCAUCAUUUGUUACCAAUAGCAGUGUCGCCACUAUGUCUAUGCAUACCAGCAGCGUCGCAUCAAGUGAAGUGCUUUCAAAACUAACACCCGGUGGCCAACCGGCCGCCAAGCCCAGUUUCAACAACAUACAGGUUACAUCAUUAAACUCCAACACGCCUACUACGACGAGAUACAUACCGAUCUCUUCUAGUGGAAGUACACAUACAGUUACCGUGAAACAAAAUCCACCAACGGCUACAAGUAAUACAGUACCGAAAACUUUACAGCACCGCCCGGUGACUGUUAGUGCUACACCUGCCCAGGUCGGAACGGGGGUUAACACUGGUGUCAUUGUCAAGAAACCCGUUAUAUCAAGAAUCGUACCUAACCCUGCUUCCGUUCGAAUGCAACCGAUCACCACCCCGGGGCUUAAGACUGUUUCGGCUGCAAAUGCAACUGGCACAACACAAUACGCCGGGACAACUACACAGCCCUCUGUGCAAUCGGUCAACCGAUCCGCAAUGCUGGUCACUGCGGCGCUCCAAGGGCAAACAUUGCAAACGCCGAAAGUACUCCCAACUUUAAAAAGUCGAACGUCCACGACACCUCCUGUUGUUAACCGUAUGACCAAAGGCCCAACAGUUAUCAACGCCAACCCGAAUAGCACUCGAUCAACGGUUCCCGGAUCGAGCAGCAUCACCAUAACGAAGACGACUUCCUCCGCAUUAACUACGAUCGCAGUACGUCCCGGGUUAAGCACGGUCCCAGCAGCCAUGAACUCCAUUGCCAAACCGAGACUGCCCGCUCCUUUGGCAACCGGAACCGGUGUUGGCAUUACAGGAGCCACCAGUACCGCUAGACCGCUGAGCUACACAUUUAAUGAAGCUAGUAAGGAGUACACCAUCACGAAAGCGACCGCUGCUCCCACCAUUCGGCAGAUAUUGCCCAACAGGCAGCCAGUUCUGGUUAAAAACACUUCUGCUGUUUCCCCAAUAGCGAGUGGUCCGAGUAGUGACAAAAUCAGCACAUUGUCCAACGCCGCUGCCCCAGCAAGAACUGCUUUUCAGGCAUCAGCCUCGCAGAGCGGAGCCGCUAGUAGCUCCACCACUCCGCCAGUAAGAACCAUCCCGGCCGGCGCCACAAACAAUGUGUUUAUUCGUAAGCGAAAACCUGAUGCCGCCCUUUUGAACAGUUUGAAGGCGAAGAACUGUUCCAUCUCGAUCAGCGAGGUUCGUUCCGACGCGGGGGCUCAAUCUGAUGCUCAGCCAAACAAACGGCCCAGGCUGGAUGAGGCCACCGCAAAAGGUCCGCCAACACCGACGUUCAUGGGAAGUAAUCGGAUGGGAGCGGGCAUAACCAUAACCCAGAAAAAUGUCCCCAUCAAAAAUGCGAUAAACACAACUUUGGAGGUGGUCGAGAUCGAGUAAAUUAGUGAUCAUGUCGCUGAUAUGCAGCGGUCAAUGCUGGAAUCUUUUCUUGUGUAUUAAAACUGCAACCGUAGAAUUAAAUACAUUUAUGUAUUAAAAGCGCGUCGUUGCGGGCAGGACAAUGCAUUAUCGAAAACGAAUAAGUAUGGUACAAUAACCCUCCUGUAAAUUCACUACUUAUUUUGUAAAUACAGUAACUCUUUCAAUACGCUUGUUUCUCGCGUCACGGGACUCAUUCCUUCCAAGAAAAAACAAUCUCCUUCUGUCAUUUAUUUAUUAUUUUCCUAAGCGGCAUAAUUUAUUUGCUAUAAUUAGUAGCGAACUUGUAGCUGUAGUAACUGAAGGAGAUCUCUAUCUCACGCGUGUAAAUAACCAUUGCAGUACCCAUCCCCGAAUAUGUAGUUUCUUCGUUUACCACCAGCAAGUAACAAGCAAGUGAACAACGAUUGCUCUCCGAGAAUGCCGAGACGCAACAGGAGUUCCGCAGGAAUGACUAACUCCUUCUGAUGGAGCGUACCGCACAGCACCCCGCAAUACUGGCAGCACAGUAGAGUUAUUUAAAAAAACAAUUAACUUCAUGGUUGUGUGUAUUAACGAGAAAAAGCAAAUGAGCUGUUUUGUCCUCGCUUCGAUGACUUCAUUAAUCGUUAGAAAUCCGAGUUUAAAAUCCGUGUCCGUGAGCAGAAGGCAUAGAGCCGAUAGUUUAAGACUUGCUGUAAUUUGUGGUGCAUCUUUUCGAAGCUUGUCAGUCGAGUCGGAAUGCUGCGCUUCGUCAGCUCAAUUUAGCUCAAGCGAUGAAAUUCGGGAAGGGUAACUUUAGGGUGGGAACCGAGGGAUGACCCCUUGUAACGAGCUAAACAAUACGCGU